GAAGAAAUUAAGGAAUUGCAAUCACAAAAUGCAAAAACUGAACCACUUAAAAAUAACAUAACUACUUAUAAACAGUCAUCCAGUUGUUUUGGCAAAUCGACGGCGCUUCAUACGAUCCGAGUUCCCAUAACAAUGACAGUUUCAUGUGAAUCGAGCUUGCCUGAAGCUGGAACUGGAUGGACUGUUAUACAGCGACGUAAGGAUGGUAGUGUGGAUUUUAAUAAAACCUGGUUAGAGUACAAAGAAGGUUUUGGAGAUCUGCGUGGAGAAUUCUUUAUUGGACUCGAGAAGCUUCACUUGCUAACACAAUCCCAGCCCCAUGAAUUAUAUAUAUCCCUUGAGGACUUUUCUAAUGAAACACGAUAUGCCAGAUACGACAACUUUGUUAUUGGUAACGAGACAGAUUUAUAUAGAAUAAUAGAACUUGGAACAUAUUCAGGCGAUGCUGGCGACUCAUUAGAGGUUCACAAAUAUUAUAAAUUUUCAACAGCCGAUAAAGAUUCUACCUAUGAAAAGUGUGCAUCCUAUUUCAGUUCAGGCUGGUGGUUUGUCGAUAACGGUUGCUACACUUGCAAUCUUAAUGGACAAUAUGUAGAAGAAGACAUUGGAGAGAAACUGAUGGAAUUGAAUGGAGAGAAUGGAAAAUGGAUCAACUUUUGAAAUUUACACAAAUGAUGAUAAGGCCAAUAUCUGAAAGUAUUGCCUUUAAUUAACAAUUUACAACUUUGACUGUUGCGGAUGGAAACAUUGAACAAAUUGUUUCACAUUGCAACUAUGCAACUAUAUUUUGUAUCAGAUAAUAUUCACAUGAGUUUACAUUUUAAAUCUUAACAU